AUGCUCUGCGGCGGUCAGAACAGGGAGGAGGCGGAGGUUGUAGAAUCCUGCUCCAGUAUGUAUAAGUUGGUGUGUGUGACAUCAGUUGGUGUGUGUGACGUCAGUUGGUGUGUGUCGUCAGUUGGUGUGUGUCGUCAGUUGGUGUGUGUGACGUCAGUUGGUGUGUGUGACGUCAGUUGGUGUGUGUGUGAUGUCAGUUGGUGUGUGUGA